GUCUGUAUGCUCAGCAACAGCACGGCCAUUGUGGAGGCCUGGGCCCGGCUGGGGCGCAAGUUUGAUCUGAUGUUUGGCAAACGCGCUUUUGUGCAUUGGUACACGGGUGAGGGCAUGGAAGAGACGGAGUUUAUGGAUGCGCGGGAGGACAUGGUGACGUUGGAGCACGACUAUGAAGAAAUGGCCAUCGAUACGCUUGAUAUGGAUGCGGAAGAGGACUACUCGGAUGAAAUUUAA